AUGUACUUUGUACCCCAUCCACAAUCAAUAUUAUACGAGCAAGACAUAGGAUUUUACCUCUUCGAGAGGGCCCGAACCCGGGGCCCCCUUCCGAGAUCUGCCGGUUUUAGCACCGACACCGGCUUCUCCUCCACCGACACCGGCGUCGGGUGCUGCCAGAGCGCGAUACCGCCCGGGGUCAGCUUCUUCGAGCCGCACCAGCGCAACUUCCCGCCGCAGCAGGAAGAGAACUCCGCCUUCAUCAGCAACGCCACGUCCUGCCACUACGUGUUCCUCGUCGAGGCGGACUGGUUCAGCCACAGCGACCGCGUCUUCCUCAACCGCACCGACGACUUCCACGUGCCCGUCGUGCUCGACUGGGCCGUCCGGAACGUCGGCAACUGCAGCGCCUCCAGGCGCAACGCCACCGACUUCGCCUGCCGGAGCGCGCGCAGCGACUGCUUCGACGCCGCCAACGGCCCCGGGUACCGGUGCAACUGCUCCAGGGGCUACGACGGCAACCCGUACCUCGACGGUGGAUGCACAGACAUCGACGAGUGCCAACUGAAAGGCGAAUUCCCGUGCUACGGGGUCUGCAAUAACACGCAGGGAAGCUACACUUGCCAGUGCCCUCCCGGGACAAGUGGAGAUGUCACCAGGAAGGAUGGCUGCCGGCCAAAGGACAAGUUCACCUUAGCUCUGAAGAUCGUUACAGGAGUCAGCGUGGGGGUGUUCUUGUCCGUGUUCAUGUGCUUCUGGCUCUACCUGGGGCUCCAGAAGAGAAAGCUCAUCAAGGCAAAGCAGAGCUUCUUCGAGCACAACGGAGGCGUCAUCCCACAGCAGCAGAUGCGUGGCGCUGCCGGGGGAGGCGGUGCCGGGUUCAAGAUAUUCUCGGAAGAGGAGCUCAAGAAAGCGACCAACAACUUCGCCGUCGACCAGAUCCUCGGUCGCGGCGGGCACGGCAUUGUGUACAGAGGUGUUCUGGAGGACAAGACCAUUGUUGCCAUCAAGAAGUCCAAGAUGAUGGAGGCCACCGAGACCAAGGAGUUCGCGAGGGAGAUGCUCAUCCUCUCUCAGAUCAACCACCGGAAUGUCGUCAAGCUGCAGGGCUGCUGCCUCGAGGUGGAGGUGCCGAUGCUGGUCUACGAGUAUGUCUCCAACGGCACUCUCUACCACUACAUCCAUGGCGGUGAGGGCCCCGACACCAACAAGGCACUCGACACCCGCCUACGGAUAGCGGCGGAGUCGGCCGAGGCGCUGUCGUACAUGCACUUGUCGGCCUCGCCACCGAUCCUCCACGGCGAUGUCAAGACGGCCAACAUCUUGCUCGACGGCAGCCUCACCGCCAAAGUCUCUGACUUUGGGGCAUCGAAGCUAGAACCAAGUGACGAGGCUGAGAUUGCGACACUGGUGCAAGGCACCUGCGGGUACCUGGACCCAGAGUACCUCAUGACAUGCCAGCUGACGGACAAGAGUGAUCUCUUGACAGGGAAGAAGGUGCUCUGCUUUGAUGGGCCAGAGGAGGACAGGAGCCUCGUGUCCCGAUUCACGAGGGCCGUAAAAGUAGGCCGGCACGGCGAGCUCCUUGACGGCCGGGUGAGAUUGGAGAUGGGCCCGGAGGUGCUGGAAGAAGUAACGUACCUCGUGAUGCGGUGUGUGAGCAUGAUCAGGGAGGAGCAUCCGUCGAUGAAGGAAGUUGCAGAGAAAUUGGAAGCUCUAAGGAGGUAUCAACGGAACCCAUGGGGUCAGGCUGGUGCUUAUCCGGAUGAGGGGCAAAGCUUGCUUGGUAGAGAGCAACAACGUGAUGUGAAUUAUAGGUUGAGACCGCAAGACGUGCUUUAUCUUGAAGAGGGUAGUACAUACACUUUUAGCUUGUAG